AUGACUACUCAAAAGUUCUUUACUUUGUCUAAUGGAAAUAAGAUUCCUGCAGUUGCUAUUGUAGGUACAGGUACUGCUUGGUACAAAAGCGAGGAGACAGAUGCCACUUUCUCCCAACCAUUGGUUGAUAUUGUGAAGAAAACAUUGGAUACUGUCCCAGGUGUUGUGCACAUUGAUGCUGCAGAGAUAUACAGAACUUAUCCUGAAUUGGGUGCCGCUUUGAAGGAUACAAAGAAGCCAAGAGAUGAAAUCUUCAUCACUGACAAGUAUUCUACUUUGAAACAGCUUUCUGAGAACCCUAAAGUUGCCUUAGAGACAUCAUUGAAGAAGCUCGGUGUUGAUUACGUGGACUUGUAUCUAUUGCACUCUCCUAUAAUUAAGGAAAGCAAAUUGGAUGUCGAGGCUAAUUGGAAGUAUUUGGAAGAACUAUACAAGUCUGGAAAGGCUAAGAACAUCGGUGUUUCAAACUUUGCUGUAAAAGAUUUGGAGAAAUUGCUUGCAGUGGCAGAGGUUAAACCGCAGGUGAACCAAAUUGAAUUCUCUCCAUUCUUGCAAAAUCAAACUCCCGGUAUUGUUGAAUUCAGUCAAAAGAAUGGUAUUUUACUUGAGGCCUACUCACCAUUAGGUCCUUUGCAAAGAAGACCAGAAGAUGCUGAUAAGCUACCUUUUUACCAAUAUAUCGCUGAAUUGUCAAAGAAGUAUAACAAGAGUGAGGCUCAAAUCUUGUUAUCAUGGGUCUAUGAGCGUGGAAUCUUGCCAGUAACUACGUCUUCGAAGAUCGAAAGGAUCCAACAAGCGCAAGAUAUCUUUAGUUUUUCUUUGGCUAAUGAGGAAGUCCAAAAGAUCACUCAAUUGGGUUUGCAACAUCCAGCUUUGAGAUUAUACUGGACUGACGUAUACUCAAAAUACGAUUCUGAAUCCCAGAAGUGA